AUGUCCUCCGCUGCAUGCAUCUUCUGCAAGAUCAUCAAGGGCGAGAUCCCUUCGAUGAAGAUCUUCGAGAGCGAGAAGACACUUGCUUUCCUUGACAUCGGUCCUUUGAGCAAAGGCCACUCUCUGAUCAUCCCCAAACACCACGGCGCAAAGCUCCACGACAUUCCCGACGACCAGCUCGCCGAAGUCCUCUCCGUCACGAAGCGAAUUGCUAUCGCGCAGAACAUCCAAGACUACAACAUCCUACAGAACAAUGGAAGGAUUGCCCACCAGGUCGUGGAUCACGUACACUUCCACCUAAUCCCAAAGCCGAACCAACAGGAGGGUCUCGGGAUUGAGUGGCCAACUAAGGAAGCGGACAAGAGCGAAUUGAGCAAGCUGCUGGAGGAGAUCAAGAGCAAGAUGUGA